CGGGGUAUUGCGGCAGCCAGCACCAGGGGUGCCAUGCGCCACAGCAGGAGGGAGCUACAGGUGUCAAAGUGAUAGCAAGAGCUGGGGUGACAUGAGAGAUUGGGCUACGUGCUACAGUAAUGCAGUUCCUGGUAGAGGGUCUACUGUAGAGUGAGACUGACGAACAUUUCAAGAUGGCCGAGGAAGAGCCCCCGAGUGUCUCCAGAGACUUACAGGAGCUGCAGAGGAAGCUGGGUUUGCUGUUAGAGUCUUUCCAGAAUAACUCAAAGGUGGUUGCCUUUAUGAAGUCCCCAGUGGGCCGGUUCCUGGACAGGCAUCCGUUCCUGGUUCUCACCGUGCUGAUGUUUGUUACCAUGUCAGCCAUCCCUGUUGGUUUCUUCCUGCUCAUCGUGGUGCUCACCUCCCUGGGUGCUCUUAUGGGGGCCAUAUUACUGGAAGGCCUGGUCAUCUCUGUUUGUGGUCUCUCACUGCUCUGCAUCCUCUGUGGCCUGGGCUUCGUAUCGCUUGCCUUGUCAGGGAUAACCAUGAUGUCCUAUGUGGUGGUCUCCUGCCUCAUGAGCUACUGGUUUUCUCCAAGCAGGCCACCAACACAGCAACAUGCCAACAUCGACUCUCAGCUGGCUAUGAAGUUCACAGAGUCUGAGAAGCUUGGCCUUUGAGGGGUGUGACCAGGAAUGACAGGCAAAUGGAACCAAAGAUUGCUUUCUAAGCAUCUAGAGGAGCUCUUCCUCUCACCUCUCAGGACUAUAGUGCAAAGAGAGUGCUGAAUGGGAGCCCUGCUUCUGCACUCACUGUGUCCAAACUUCUGCAGUGGCCAAGGUGGCCUCCCCACCCACCCCUCACUGCUCCCUGGUAUGCAGUCUUGACUUUAGCAGAGUGGUGGGCUUCUAGAAGUUUAACCUUUAGAGCCUCUGGGUUCCAGGGCCCAUCUUUGGGUACGGUAGAUUGUAUUUGAAGUUUAGUUGCAUUUUGGGGUGGGGCAGAGAUGAAGAAGAGGUUUUUCCCAGUCAUUUGAAAUAAGAGGUUAAAAUAAUAAUCCAAAGAGAGCCAGCUCUACUCACUGUUUAUCAGAAGAGCAUCAGCAUUUGGAAAUCGUAGCCUUUUAGAACUUGAAAAGCUGUCUUAACCCUGCAGCCAGGAGUCCUGUAGGAAAAGUCUCAAGGCCUCAUCUGUUGCAUGCCCUGAUCUUUAACAUAUUUGCACUUGAUAUGUUAAUAUUGUUGAAAAGAGCUUGCUCUGUCAAGCCAUUUCUUAACACAUCAAUAAACCAAACACACACCGUAGACUACAAAGCAAACCAAAGCCUGUGCGAUGAUUCCCACUCCAUUUACUGUGGUAUUUUAUUAAAUAUUUAUUUGCUUCUUGCUA